CAUAGGUAGGUAUAUAGGUAGGUACUUGGUAAGAGCUCAAAGCUCCCCCGCAUUUUACUGAGCCUCCGUUACAAAAUUAUGUAAAGAUCAAUGCAACAUAAAAAAAAAUAUAAAAGCACCAAGUAUCCCUCAAACACUACACUAUAACACGAAAGAAGCAAAUCAAAAUGGCAGAGCCUCAACCGAAAAACGUACACGAGGGCGCAUCCGGAGACGUCGAAGAUGAGGUCCAGACCACCGCCAAGUCAGCCGAGGAUCGGAAGGCUGCCGCCGCUAUGGCGAGCCUCGACACCCGCGGAGACGAUGCUAGUUCGUUGAACGCUGUUGAUCAGGAGGCUGUAAGCAAAGCCAUGCAGAGCCUUGGGAGUGGCCCCUCCACCGGUGCUGCGAAGGAAGUCAAGAAGGUCAAGGUCGACCCUGCUGACGUUUUGUUGCUGGUCGAUGAGCUCGAUCUGACUAAAGCAAAGGCUACCGAGUUGCUUAAGGCGCACGACGGCGACGCAGUCUUAGCUAUGAGAGCCUUUAUUGCUACGUGAAGAGGACUGUGAAUAGAGGGGCGAGGUCCUUCUAGCAUACAUAUUGUCGUAGGAGAGGCGUCAUGGUUUUGGGAACGUGAUAGAGAAAA